AAAAGAGCUGGCCAACAGUACUGAUCGUUACUCGUCCGAAGGCAGUCCGCCUCUUUUGGAGAUUCCAAAAAUUAAACGGACAGACAACGAAAAAUACGAUUUGGGCGAUCAAGUUCCUGCCAAAAAUAAGCCAAUUUUGAACUCUAGUUUUCUGCCAGUCUCCAUAUCCGGAAGUGAUUUUUGCAAAGCCAGAUCCUCUUCAUUGAUUGUUUCUUGAUCAACUUUUUUCAACCCCGUAAAUCUCAAAUGUCAGACUACCAUGGCUUUUUUUCGAGCUUUCCAUAAAAGGCAUAAUUUCGAGCACUAGCAUCUUUAGAUACGAUUAAAUUGAUUUCGCGACUGAUCUCAAAUGAAAUGUUUAUGUUGAUCAAGUGCUGAUCGAUGCAACAUUCCCGGACAAAUUAAAUUAAUUCAAAAUUCAAGUUUCUCUGACGCUAGAAAACUGGCUGAAGUGGACGUAGGUCCAACAAGCGGGUAGAUCAAGAUAACCAACUGCCGAUUAUCUUGGGGCUUGGUAAACGUUGGUCCAGUUUGAGGACCAGAUGAAAACCUAGUCCUUGCAGACAUUUUACGAACUACGCACUUUAUUACACGCGAAAAGGCUAUCAGACAACUUGAAUUUGAAUUGUAAAUGAUGAAAUUCAUAUUAAUUUUAAGGCUUGCUGGAGUCCGCCACUUCUCCUAGCAAAUCAUAGACAAUGAGCGACUAAUAUGCAGCUUUUGCUUCGAAAUAUAUUAAAAAAUAAAUAACUUGUUCGUUGAUAUUAUUAGCGUACGAAACUGUACAUCUCAUUGAAAACUGCGAACAUUUUCACAUUCAAGUUAUGCGGGUUGCUUCCUAAGUAUUUUUUCAGGUAGGGAAAUAAAAUAGAUUGAAAGUGGAAGUCGCAGAAACCUUGACGGCAUCGCUGGUCGCUGAUGCAACUAGUUGGCUGAUUGCUGACACAAUUCCGUCUUUGUGUUGGGAUACAGGUAUAUAAGUGGAAACACUGGAAAAGCGCAACUCAUAAGAACGUAUACUAGUGACUUUCAUGUAGUAAAAUGCGAGUGCUUUUACUCGUCGUAACUUGCAUUGGAAUUGUAUCCGCCCAGCCUGUAUCCCCGUUCGAAGCAGGCUACUUUGGAUAUGGCGAUCGACCAGUUAGCCUAAAGGAGAUAAGAGCUUUAUAUGAUGCAGCUGCACUGGUUACAUCCAAUGCAGCGCUUGAUUUGAAUACCGUCGUGGAAGCUGAUGCUAAACGUGAUGCUAGUGCUGACAUAGCCACAUAUCUAGGCUUCGAUACGUCAACAAGCAGUCCUAUAUCAGCUGCUACCCCUGAAACUGUCGUUCAGAUAACACCUACUCCGCGUCAACUUAACCGGGGCCCUGUAACUUUCCCAACAGAACCCCCAACGAACGCUCCGUUACCGGCAGUCGCAACUACUCCUAUAUCUCGUAGUGCUUCAGCGGAUUAUAAUCUAGUUUCCAAUAUCGCAAACUAUGUUCCCGCUAACCCCACAGUAAAUACUCUACUGCCUGCUCCGACAUUAAGUCCCACUGGAUUUACAACCGGCGUACCUUUGCCAGGAUAUUCCGCAGCAGUAAAUCCAACAGUUCCGAGUUACUCAAACAUUCAAUCGGCCCAGCUGGCAGGUUCUUCGCUAUUACCGCAAUAUUCGACCUCAGCACUGUCACAAUAUUCUUCAUUGUUGAGUGCGACUCCCGCUCCCCUCACCUCGUCCUAUGCGCCUUCGGGUCUAAUUAAUUCAUACUUGUCAGCUCCAUAUCGCUCACCAGCAAUAAAUCUGAAUGAACUCUACGUUCCCAGUCCAACUACCACUGCUCAGACUGGAGCCUAUAAUCCAAACUCCUUCGUAAAUAGUUACCCAUUACCACUGGGAGGUCAACUUACAUCUAGCGCUGGAACAAUUGGAAGACUCUACUCACAAUGGGAUAUGGAUAACAGCUACCCGGAGUCAAUAUACCUUUCCCGGAAAUUUCCAAGAAAGAAGAAAACAGUAGACAGUGAAGUAGGAAAUCCGGUGUGAUACAUAUAAUAAUGAAAUAUUAUUCCUAUUAAAAUUAUAGAGCAAUUUACAAAAAGAAGGUCCUUGUACCUGAUCUUAUUAAUACUUGAAGAUUUGAUCUAAAAAAGUCAAUAUUAAUAGGUAAGUUAGGAGAUAUUCCAUAGGAUAAAUGAGAACUUACAUUCUCGAAACAAAGAUAUAUCUUACAUAACGUGUUAUAACGUAGAAAUAGAUAUGACUUAGUUGAUAUUAGAUACUAAGUUUAUUUAAUAAAAUCGAAUUAUUUUAAAA